UGAAGGUCCUACCGGAAGUGUCCCGUGAUUGUCCCUCGCUUCACACCGGUGCGCUCCCGUGAGGUGAUGAGUUCUCAGGUUAUCACCGGACUCCCUCGGAUCCUGUCCGGACGCAGCCUUGAAGCCUACACUGAACUGAGAGCCGUACUGACCUCCGGUGUUCUUCCCUCACCAGAACGCAGCAGCAGCAGCACCAUGAUCCCAGUGGGGGAAUUAAAAUCCCUGGGGAUCGAGCAGAACUCCCAGUUCCGGGUGCUGAAACCGUGGUGGGAUGUUUUGUCGGAGUACCUUUGCAUUGCAAUGCUCAUGAUUGGUGUCUUUGGCUGCACCCUGCAGCUCACCCAGGACAAGAUUGCUUGCCUGCCCAGCCACAUCACCAGUCCGAUGAAAGAACCAGUAAACUGCAGCUACAUCAAUGAUUACGAAGGCAACGAUACGUCGGACAGGACCCUGGCCAAGCCUGUCAGCCCCAUCGUCAAGGAGGUGUUUGGACGCAAGAAUAACCUGGACAUUCACCAAUACGUGUUUGUCAACCACUAUUGCUAUGAGAAGUUUGUGCACUGGUACGCUAAGUACUUUCCGUACCUUGUGGUGAUCCACACCUUGAUCUUCAUGGUAGCGAGCAGCUUCUGGUUCAAAUUCCCUGGGACGUCUUCUAAAAUUGACAUUUUCGUCAACAUCCUGGGGAAGUGCUUUGACUCGCCCUGGACCACGAGGGCCCUGAGUGAAGUUUCAGAGGAGAGAGGAGAGGAGAAGCUGGUGAUUUUGAGGAAGAACACCAUGUCGAAGGCUUUCAAAGAAUCGCGACCCGAUGAGGAGGAGAAUAUAGGGCUUCUUCGCUCCUCCUCUGUAAAGUCUAAUUCAGAAAAGAAAAGCCCAGAACCCCAGUCUACCCCGUCUGUGUUGGACAAAAAGGAGGGAGAGCAGGCCAAAGCUCUUUUUGAAAAAGUGAAGAAGUUUCGAACUCAUGUAGAGGAGGCAGACAUAUUGUACCUAAUGUAUGUGCUUCAAACCUCUCUCAAAGUCUUCAAGUUCCUUGUUAUCAUUAUUUACACUGCAGUCCUGGUACCCAACAUUGAAAUAGUUGUGCGAUGUGAUGUCCCUCCUGACCUAACCGGGUUCAGUAUCUAUUGCUGCAACCACACCAAAGCCCAUCUUUUCUCCAAGCUUGCCUACUGCUACAUCUGCUUCGUAGGAGUGUAUGGACUUAUGUGCAUCUACACCCUGUACUGGGUGUUCCACCGACCUCUGAAGGAGUACUCCUUUGAGUACGUCAGACUGGAGACGGGUAUCAACGACAUCCCGGAUGUAAAGAACGACUUUGCCUUCCUCUUUCACCUGGUGGACCAGUAUGACGCUCUUUAUCCUAAAAGGUUCGCAGUCUUCCUUUCUGAGGUCAGCGAGAGCCACCUUCAUCAGCUCAACCUUAACUAUGAGUGGCCCAAUAAAAAGCUGCGCACCCACCUUGCCAAGAACGCCAAUGAUAACUUGGAGCUCUACCUUUUAGGGCUGCCCGGUCUUCCAGAUACCGUUUUUGAGAUUACAGAAAUGCAGUCGCUCAAACUGGAGCAAGUCAAAAACGUCACUAUUCCAGCUAGUGUGACAAAGCUUGAUUCAUUACAGGAGCUAACCUUGAUCUACUGUCCAGCAAAGCUGCAACUGCCCGCCAUGAACCACCUCAAAGAGCGAUUAAAGGUUCUACGUCUGACUUUUGAGAGCUCAGAGGAGCUCCCGUUGUGGAUGUACACCCUUCAUUGCCUGGAGGAGUUAUAUCUGACUGGUCCUUUAACCAAUGAGGUGUCCAGAAGUGGUGUCCUGGAAUCCCUGCGAGAGCUCCGCGCUUUAACGCUCCUCAGUCUACGCUCCAACCUUAGAAAGAUACCACCCAGUGUCGGGGACCUGGCGUCACAGUUGCAGGGGUUAUACAUCAACAACGAAGGAGUCAAGCUCCAGGCGUUCAGCAGCCUAAAGAAGUUAACAAACUUAGUUUCAUUAGAGCUAUCAGGGUGUGAGCUGGAACGCAUCCCAAGUGCCGUUUUCAGCCUGAACAACCUACAGGAGCUGGACCUGAAGGAAAACAAGCUCACCACUGUGGAGGAGAUCCUGAGCCUGCAGCAUUGUCGGCGUUUGGUGACGCUCCGUCUGUGGCACAACAAGAUAACCUACAUCCCCGAACACAUCACUAAACUGCGCACGCUGGAGACGCUCGACAUAAGCUGGAACAAGCUGAAAAAACUUCCGUCUCGGCUGUUUUACUGCACCAAACUAAGGCACCUCGAUGUCUCGCACAAUCAAAUCACGUCUCUUCCUCCAGAAGUGAACAUUCUGCAGGGUCUCCAGUUCUUCUCCGCUGCCUUCAACUCCUUAGAGACUCUGCCAGAGGAGCUGUUCUCCUGUAAACGGAUAAAGACGCUGGUUCUGGGUAACAACUGCCUUACGUAUCUUAGCCCCAAAGUGGGCAACCUGGCCCAGUUGGUGCGACUGGACAUUAAGGGAAACCGCCUGGAGUCUCUGCCUGUGGAGGUAGCCGACUGUCCUCUGCUGAGACGCGCUGGAUUGAUAGUAGAGGACAGCCUGUUCAACUUGCUGCCAUCAGACUUACAAAACAAGCUGAGUCAAGGCUGAAACCCAAAGCUAAAGACAGCCAGGCUCUGGUGUUCUGACUUGCUUGUAUGGAAAGUGUCUGAAGUCUGGAAAAACGUAUGUACCCGCAGUCAGGUAGAGAAACAUAUGUGCUGGUAUCUUGUACUUUUUAUUAAAACAUCUCUCCAGAUAUUCUUUUUGAAAAACCGGCCCAAAUCAAACAGUAUUGGACAAAAGGAUUUCCCUUUAUGCAUGGUCAAAUCAAAGAGUCCUGCUGUAGAGCAGUAUCUUGUCCCAGGCCCAUGUUGAUUUUGACUGAGAAGGCUUGUUAGGUAUCCUGAAGAACCGGUUUUUACAGCCUGGCGAGGAGUGUCCCGCAAUAGAUUAGGUCAUGUUGCCUCCUUUAGGUUUCAAAAGAAAUGAAGAAAGGACAACACCUUUCAGACAGUCAACAUCAAUCUACUUAUUUCAAAGGCUUCAUUGUGUAUUAUUCAUUUGUGCUGUGGGUAAAGUAUUGAAGUAAAAUUACAACUGACUGUUUUGAGGCUUGCUCUACUAAACUGAAGAUCUUUAUACUAAAUACAAUGAUUAAUUUUACUCAGUUGCAUUCUUUUCUCCCUUUAUAAAUCCCUGGUUUUCUCUCUGAGUGUAGCAGAGGUCCUACCCAGUAACCCAGAACAAACCUGAAUUCUUCAGUUUCUGCUUUGUGCCCUCAGGCGUAAUGGAGUCGUGUACUGGCUUGUUGAAAGUGACUACAAAACAGGAUCCUAGCCGUCGAAUGAAAAGACGUGCCUCUUCCGUAAAAGCUAACGCCAACCUGCCCUCGCUAUAGCCCGUGGUACUAUGUUCCAGAUGGUAAUUUAGGUGAAUCUGCAAGUCCUGGAGAAGUUUGAACAACAGUAGCUGCACGGUAUGCGCCAAAUGCCGUCACACCGGGUCAAUCAUUAGCUCGCUUCCUUGGAAGUUGGUGGAGCGGUGAAGUGUGUCGCCUGUAUUAAAUGAGAGAGAAACAAGUAUGGUUUUCUAGAUGGUCUCUUCAAGGUGGUAGGGCUGACGGCCUUACAAAAGUAUUCAUACCGAUUAAACGUAUCCACAUUUUGUCAUGUUAGGACCACGAAAUUCACAGCAUAUUAUGUGAAAGAUCAACACAAAGUAGUGCAAAAAUGUAAAGCGGAAGGAAAAUGAUGUGUUGUUUUAUAUUUUUCUAUACAAAUUAAAAUCUGAAAGGUACGACAUGCAUUUGUCUUCUGUCCUCUUCUCUCUGAUGCCCCUGUAUAAAAUCCAGGGCAACCAAUAACCUGAAAGACUUGUAAGAUAAUAUCUGAGAACGGGAAGCGUCGUGAAGGGCAAAGAACAGAGCCGACAGGUCAGGGAGAAAGUUGUGGAGAAGGUUAAAGCAGGGCUAAGUUUUAAAAGCAUAUCUCAAAGCUUUGAUUUCUUACAGGGAACAGUUCAGUCCACCAUCCCUGAUUUUACGCCCAUUUUCAGACGGUAAAGGUUAGCGUCAGCGGGUAGUUCUGAUCAGUUACUAGGAGUAGGAACAAAAAUCUGUCGGCUUGGUAUGAUUUGAAGCCUGGAGUCUGCGAGUGUGUGAGGGGAACCUGCCUGACCCGAUCUCAGCCACGGUCAGACUGGACGACGUCAAGUAGCGUGAACUGAUCACCGGCCCAGUUGCAAACUCUUGCUACCGACUGCUAAUGAAAAACAACGGUUGGGACACAACAGCCUCCAACCUGCUUUUUUUCUUUACUUUAUUUGUAACAAUACAAUAUUAUGAACAUAAUUGCACCGGGUAUUAGAUCAUUACAAUAAUAGUGAUGAAGGGGGAAAAACAAAAGAGAGAUGCUGGGAUCUUUAAGAGGACAAUACAGAAUCUGAUGGUGCUGUGCUUCAGCUGGGAUACAGACACAUUUCGUGGUUAAUGGGAAGGUGGACGCAGCUGAAUACGGCAGAAUGUUGGAAGAAAACCUGUUACAGAGGCUAUGGCACAGACUUUCCCCAUCGUUUGUUUACAGUAAUGAAUUUUAUAGGUGUGUUGGAGAUGUUUGUUGACAUGCCCAUGGUCACCG